AUGGACAAAAACAAACCUACUGAGCAUGAUGGGGCGAUCUACUGCAAGCAUUGCCAAAUGUGGUUGAACGGCCCAGCACAGUGGGCCGAUCACGAGAUUGGAAAGAAGCAUCGAAAAGCUGUGCGCAGACAGCAGGUAGAAAGAUACUCCGGCAAGUUCCCGGACUUUCCAGGCACGGAGAAGAUCCCGCCACCGCCAGAGGCUUUUGGAAAGAGGAUGUAUGAAAAGGGCAUCGACGAAGACCCGCCGGACGACAUGCAGGCAGAUCGGGACAGCAUUUCACAGGUGGAGGGAUCUGCCCCGUCCGAGCAGCCGGACUUCGAUCCAGAUCAGCGAUUGGGCGAUUCUGA